GAUGAUAUUUUUUCAGCUCAUUGCAUCAUUUGCCAAACCUUAUUUAGUAAAUGCUUUAAUUCCAUUGUAUUUAAUAUAUGAUGGAAUUAAAGCAUUUACAAAGCAUGCCAAUUGAAAAAAGCAUGAAAAAAGAAGUUCAUCUUCCCAUUUACCUGCCUCUCCUCCCCCUGGUCGUCACAUCGGCCAACAAAGCAGUUUCCAAAAUUGGUGGCCCUAGAUGAUGAUAUGGGAUAAUUCUUUGAAUAAAAGGGAAUUAGCUGUAAUUUCUUUGAGGGUAGUGUUGUAAUAUUAAUUUCAUCUGAAAUAAGACUACAUAUUUAUUUUGUAGUAUACAAUAAAAGCAUGCAUAUACACACAAAUGGAGAAAUUUUGGGUUCCUUUCAAAAGAUUGAUUCUGGAUUUCCCAAUCAUUUUCCAUUCAUAAAGUUGAUGAUUAUUAACUAAUGAAUGUACUGUGCUCAUAAUGCAAAUCAUUACUUUUUUCUAAACUAAAAUAAACUUUAGAAGGUAUUCAGAAGAAUUGGAAUUGGGAGAAAUUUUGGUAUCGUCCCAUCACUAUUAAUAAUACUUUAUUUUGACUAAUCUUUUGCUCUUUUAUUUCUGACAUCAGAAUUGCAUCAGCAAAGAUUGACUGCACUUCGUGAAUUGGCAGAUAAACUCCAAGAAACUUCUUGGAAAUACCCCUCUAUUGAUCAACUGCUUGGACUAUAAGUAAUGUAAAAUAAAUAACUGUCAUCAAUCAAAAUGGCAUUCGGAGGAUCAAUAGUUCUAAGCUAUCAUGAUUCUUUGCUUAGAGAAUCGGAUUUGAAAAUAUUAUGUGGUCCGCAUUGGUUAAAUGAUAAUCUCAUUGGUUUCUGGUUUCAAUACCUAGAACACGAUUUAUAUCGAGAAAAUGCAAAUCAGAUAGGAUUUAUUAGUCCAGAAGUGACUCAGUUUAUUAAAUUAGGAGUGGUGGAAGAUUUACAAAAUACUUUGUCAUCUUUAAAUAUUACAAGUAAAGAGCUGUUAUUUCUUCCCAUCAAUGAUUGUUCUUUUCAGGACAGUCCUGGAGGGUCACACUGGAGUUUGUUAGUAUACAGAGCAAGUUUUCAUAUUUUUGAACAUUACGAUUCUCACACAGGCAGUGUUAACAGAUUACAUGCUGAAAAUGUUGCCAAAAUUUUAACACCUUUUAUACUUGAGAAAGGGGCCGAGGUGGAAGUUCUCGAAAUGGAGUGUACCCAACAACAAAAUGGUUUUGACUGUGGUUUACACGUUAUCUGUAAUACCGAAGCUCUCUGUCGGAAACAGUUCGCAAAUAAUCCCAACCACGUAUCUGAUAUUGCUUCUCCAGAAUCUGUUAGAAGAGCUAGAAGUGACUUGAGAAAUAUUAUAUAUUCACUUCAAAAGAAAUAAUUUGUUAUUGUGCUAAUGUACUUUUCCUUGUCUUACUAAUAUUUCAAAUUUAAUAUAUUUAAACUUUUCUUAUUAAAAAUUUUUGAUAUAAAUUUAAUAAUUUAAAAUAAUUAUUAAUAAUAUUAUUACCUUCUUAACAUUUAUAAAUUUUAAUGCCUAAGAAAGUUUCUGUUAAACAAUCAAAGUAUAAUGCUCAAUUUUUAAAUUUAUUUAUAAAUGUAAAAUUCAAAUUGCCAGUACUGAUAAAUCUUGAAUAUUUUGUUUAAUAUUUAUUAAACUUUGUAAAAGCACAAAGGAACUACUGUCAAACUUAACUUUUUCCAUUCUAAAUUAUAUUUCAUAUGAAAAAAAUAACAAUAUAACAAAAUGCUUUAAAAUUUCUUCCAAUUUCAGCUCAAAUUCAAUUAAUA